ACAAAAUUGAUAGUAAGAAGAAGUAAAAAGAGGCAAACAAACGUAACUACUUAAAGCCUCACUUCACUUCACUUUCACUCUAUAUAAACAGUAUCACUUCACCCCCAUUUGUAUACAUGAUAUACACUCAUUGUAUACAACAAUUCUAGAUCCACCAUUAACGAUUCUUGUGAAAAGCUUGAAAACCCACCUCAAUUAUGGAUGGCUCAAUGCCACCACCACCACCGCCGCCGACGCCGACGCCGUCGACGGCGGUUCCGGCACAGGCAAUGGGAGUGGAAAUGGCAGUGGAAAUGGUUGGUUUAUCAGCUGAAGAAGAAGAAGCUGUUGUUAAGGGGAAGACGGAUUGUGUGUAUUUUCUUGCUUCUCCAUUUACAUGCAAAAAGGGAAGCGAGUGUGAGUACCGUCAUAGUGACAUGGCUCGGCUGAAUCCAAGGGAUUGCCGGUACUGGUUGAACGGAAACUGCUUAAACCCUACGUGUGCAUACCGGCACCCUCCUCUUGAUGGAUUGUCGGAAGCUCGAGUUCCAACUGCUAUGGGAUAUUCUAUAGCUCCGAUGAUGCCUGUUGCACCUAUGCUACAGGUUCCGUAUGUUUUGAGUAAACAAAGCGUGCCCUGUAAAUUCUUCCAGCAAGGAAUUUGUCGAAACGGUGAUUACUGCGCGUUCAUGCAUGCACCGAGCUUUUUUCCUAACAAACCUGCACAACCUCCGGUGUCUACUGCAUCUAGUGAUACUUCGACUGUUAAAAAGGUAUUUGGUGGGGUUGAAAAGUCUAUGGAAGUCAAGGAGCUUUCGGAUAUAAAUGCUCCGACGCCUGUUGAACUGCCUAAACCUACGAGGAAACUGGAAAUUCAUCUGAAUAAGAAAGUUAAUACCUUUGAUGAGAAGGUACUACCACCAAAUUCUGUCGUAAACAGACAGCAUUCCGAGUACAAGCCAACAAGUAUUCCUCCAACCAGUGGCAAUCCUUUCCGUGUCCCCAACAGAAUGCAGCGGCCCAUUGGGAUUGACGAUCACCGUAGCAUGCAAUACAAGGGUGAUGGAAUUUCAAGGGAGCCUUCUCCUGGUUUUGAUGUUCUUGUGGACGAUGAGCUCAAAGGUUCAGAUUAUUAUCAUGAUGAAGAUCUUUAUGGCGGAACAAGGGAGAAUGUCAGGAGAAAUGAAUGUGAAAAGGGCGAUUCUGGUGAUUAUGAUUCAGUGGAAGAUAUUGAGCGCGAUAUGUACCGUGAUGUGCGUGGAUAUGACAGGAUUCAGAAUCGCCGUGCUUUGGAGCAGCUUAUAGCUUCUUCUGAGAUAAAACCAGGAGGAUCAGCUCAUCUUGAAAGGAGACGCUAUGGUAGAGUAGAUAGCCCUGAACGUGUUCAAAGGUCAGAUGUGAGACAUAGGUUAUCGAGGCAUAGGAGAGAUAAUGAUUUGAAAUCUGUCAUUGAUCAUGAUUUUUCAAGGGAAAAGCAUUUUGAAGAUCGAACCGAAAAGAGCUCUAGGAGGGAUGUGCACUACUUACCUUCACAUGACAAUUCUCUUAGUGGUCGCUUUCGAGGAAGAAUAAAGCUUCCUGUUAGGUCAUCUUCUCUAGCUGAUCGGGGUGAGUUAUGGUUGGAUAGGGAAAUGGAUAAGGGGAGAGACCGCGGCAGGUUGACUUCAGAAAGAUUACGGUUGGAUAGGGAAAUGGAUAGGGGGAGAGACCGUGGCAGGUUGAUUUCAGAAAGACCACAGCUGUACUCUUACCAAGGAAGGCCUCGAGACGGAAUAAAAGGAAGAUUGCAAGAGGAUCUCAAUAAUGAUAGCAGAAACAACAGAUUUCCUCGUCGAAGAAGAGAUGAAAUAAAUGAUAAUAAAUCUGAAUUCCUACGUCCAAAGAGUCUCGCAGAAGUCAAAGGUAGGAGAACUGCCAAGAGCAAUGAGCAACAACCCCUGCGAAAGCGGAAGUUCCAAAAGCUUGAUAGCACGGAGGAUCUGUCAUUUGAAGGACCAAUGCCGUUAAAAGAGAUUCUGAAGAGGAAAAGAGGUGGUGGAGGUGGCAUGCCAUCCGGUGGGAGUGAACACGAUCAACGUGAGAGAAAGGAAAGGACUUCCAUGACUGCAGGGAACGUGAAUUUUCCUUCCGCUUUCACCAAGAACGUGUCUGACCUUCCUAUUCAAAACCUGGAAAAUGAACUUCAAGCUGAUGAAGAAAAGAUGGUCGUGGAAGGAGCAGGCGGUCUUGGCGAUGAGCCGGUUGAAGGUGAAGACUACAUCUUCGACGAAGGUGAUCCUGAUGACGAAUUCUCGGAUGAGGAUGACGACGAGUUUGCAAGGAAGCUGGGCGUUGUUCCUCGUAAAUGACGGGGACAUCGUCGCUCUAAGCUGCAUUUGUUUUCUAUACAUUAAUGAACUCUUCUUAGGUCUAAUGAGCAGGUUUAAGUAGGGAAACAGGUUCUUUUUCUUGCCCUUUGUUGUAGUAGAAACUUUUUUUUUUCUCAUGUAGUUAAACUAUGUGAUUGGUGGGGGUUAGGUCUACCCAUAAGGGUUAUGACUGUUUG